AUGAGUAUUUCACGCGUACUUUGUUUUUGUUCUUUGAGUGCUGCUUUUUCCAAGUCUUAUAGUAGAAUGCCUAACGAUAAUGAAAACUUGGAAGGUGUGGCCGAUCAAGCUUUACUUCUCCUCACGCAAAUGAAAAGAAACCCAGAUGUAAUGCCUCCGUAUAAUGAAGAAGCCAUGCGAGCGUGUAUUGCCAAAAUGAACGAGCUAUACAACCUGAAUAAUGAAUGCGUGACACGUUUGCGAUCGCAAGGAGAAAGAGCAAGGCGUGAGCUGGAAGCGCUAAUGAUCUGCCGAAAUGAGGCGCUACAGCAUAUUCGUAGGUGCUGUCUAGCCUACAUCCAUGCUAGAGCUGAGCGGAUAAGAUCUUACAGGUGGCGACUAGGAGGAGUCCUUCCGGCUUCUAUAAGAAAUAAUUUAUGUGAAGCAGAAAUAGAGUUUUUCAACGAGUACUGCAGUAGUUUGGUGGAAUUUCAAGCAGGGAUUGGAGAGAAUGGCGUAAAUCUGCUACUGAGUACGCAUCCACCAAAAGCUCUCUACGUUCAGGUCCGCGUUCUUGAGAACUAUGGGGAAUUUGAAACCUCCGAUGGAAAUCUUGUUAUGUUGCAAGUUAACUCAACGCAUUCGUUACCACGACAUGAUUGUGAAAUGCUGAUCAGACAAGGUAUUCUGGAGAUCGCCAACUAA